UUCUACUUUGUCUUCCCCAUUUGUUCCGACGAGUCACAUCACUCCGAAAUCUGAGAAAGAAGGGGGUCCCGAGAUCGAAGCUCAAGGCUUCGAACCCUAAUUUUUCUGGGAAACAAAGGGAGAAAUGGUGGGUACUAGUAGCAAUAACUCGUUGGCUGGUCUACAAGAUCACUUGAAAUUAGCGAGAGAAUACGCACUAGAAGGCUCCUACGACACCUCAGUCAUCUUCUUCGAUGGCGCCAUUGCUCAGAUCAACAAGCAUUUAAACAGCCUUGACGAUGCCACGUCACGCACGAAAUGGAUGAACGUCAAGAAGGCAGUAAUGGAAGAGACCGAAGUUGUGAAGCAGUUGGAUGCAGAGAGGAGAGCGUUUAAAGAAGCUCCCACUGGUCGUAGCCGUCCUUCUUCUCCUCCUAUCAAUAGUACCAAGUCCUCCUCCUUUGUCUUUCAGCCCUUGGAUGAGUAUCCUAAUUCCUCAUCAUCCUCCGGUGCUCCAAUCGAUGAUCCUGAUGUCUGGAGGCCUCCUACUCGUGACGUCGCUAGCCGAAGACCCGCCAGGGCUGGCCAAAGCGGUAUGAGAAAGUCACCAAACGAUGGGGCUUGGGCUCGUGGCGGCCCAACAACGCGGGCGGCUCCGGCUUCCCGUGGUGGGAGAGGCGGUAAGUCUGCUGCUGCAAGUGCACGCUCUUCCGCUGUGGGAAAGAAAGGAGCUGCCUCCAAAUCUCCCAAGCCUGAGUCUACUAAUGGUGAUGGUGAAGAUGGGAAGUCAAAAAGGGGAUUGUAUGAAGGGCCUGAUGAGGAUCUGGCUGCUAUGCUUGAAAGGGAUGUGUUGGACUCAACUCCUGGUGUCCAUUGGGAUGAUGUUGCAGGUUUGUCUGAAGCCAAAAGGCUGCUUGAGGAAGCGGUUGUUCUUCCUUUAUGGAUGCCUGAAUACUUCCAGGGUAUUAGGAGACCGUGGAAAGGAGUUCUCAUGUUUGGUCCUCCUGGGACGGGUAAAACUCUGUUGGCAAAAGCAGUUGCAACCGAGUGUGGUACCACCUUCUUCAACGUCUCUUCUGCUACGUUAGCUUCAAAAUGGCGGGGAGAGAGUGAGCGGAUGGUCAGAUGCCUGUUUGAUCUUGCCAGGGCAUAUGCUCCCAGCACAAUUUUUAUUGAUGAGAUCGACUCUCUUUGCAAUUCCCGGGGGGGUUCAGGAGAGCAUGAGUCAUCAAGAAGGGUGAAAUCGGAACUCCUAGUUCAAGUAGAUGGAGUGAGCAAUACAGCGACAAAUGAAGAUGGUAGUCGCAAAAUAGUGAUGGUGUUGGCAGCUACCAAUUUCCCUUGGGACAUAGACGAAGCUCUCAGGAGGAGGCUGGAAAAACGUAUAUACAUCCCACUUCCAGAUUUAGAAAGUCGGAAGGCUCUAAUCAAUAUCAAUCUGAGAACAGUUGAGGUGGCGAGUGAUGUGAACAUUGAAGAUGUGGCUAGGAGAACAGAAGGGUACAGUGGAGAUGAUCUGACGAACGUGUGCAGGGACGCGUCAAUGAACGGGAUGAGAAGGAAGAUAGCAGGGAAAACCAGGGAUGAGAUAAAGAACAUGUCAAAGGACGAUAUCUCAAACGAUCCUGUGGCUAUGUGUGAUUUCGAAGAGGCCAUUAGGAAAGUGCAACCCAGUGUGUCUUCCUCGGACAUCGAGAAACACGAGAAGUGGCUCUCUGAGUUUGGAUCCGCCUAAACCCUUAAGCUUAAACCAAUCCACUUUUUUUUUUCAUUAAAACAAAGUAAUGUGUGAGCGUUUUGUGUUUGUUUAUAUUGUUAUUUAUUAAUUUGCCAUUUAUCAUAACCUUAUGUUGUUUCUGCAUUACGUCUAUUCAAACUUGAAAAAAA